UUGAUUAAUUAUCCCUACCAUACAACUAAUCAUUAAUCAUUAAUCAAUUUUGUUCUUGUAUAUACAUCUCUACCAAACACCAAGAUUAGGAUGGAUGAAACCACCACCACCACCCAAUCCUCUUUCCAUGAAGCCACCAUUGUUAGCCAAGAUGGCUCGGUUCGAACCCUUAAGGUUCCCGUGGUUCAAGAACUCGCACGUCAUGGCAUCAAAGACGUACCAAAAAUGUUCCUUAGACCACCAUUAGACACCCUAAACACUUGUUUUACAGAGAAUUUUCCAUCCAUUAGUAUGGCUAAAUUACGCGCUAAUGAUGUGGAGGCGAAAGAAAAUGAGCUAAGAAAAUUGGGUCAAGGUUUUGGAGAAUUUGGAAUGGUAUUGGUAAGUGACCAUGGCAUACCACUUUCUUUGUUAUCUUGUGUUAAGAAAGUGAUUAAGGGUUUUUUUGGUCUGUCUUUUGAGGGAAAGAAAAGGUCUGUUGGGACAUAUGAUACUGUAGAUAACAUGGGUUAUGGAAGAAAUUUUGUUAAACCAGAUGAUAAACCUCUUGAUUGGAUUGAUCGUUUGACUAUGAAGGUUUCUCCAAAAGAAUCAACUCAUGGCUUGAAUGUUUGGCCACAAAACCCUACAAAUUUUAGGGAAGUUAUUGAAAGCUAUGCAGAGAAGGCAACAGAAUUGGUCGAUGACAUACUUGAGGCAUUAGCUGAAGCAUUAUCUCUAGAUGAAAAGGCCUUUGUCAAAUAUUUUGACCCAAAAAGUAGAGAGAUUAAUGCAAGAAUAAACUAUUAUCCACCAUGUCCAAAGCCCAAAUUAACAAUGGGCUUAAGCCCACAUACAGAUGCUACUAUCCUCACUCUUUUAAUGCAAUUUGAUAUCUCUGGUGGUCUACAAGUUAUGCACAAAGACAAGAACAUUUGGUUUAGUGUUCCUUGGCCUAAUGAUGCAUUAUUAGUCAAUGUUGGAGAUUUACUUGAGAUAAUGAGCAAUGGUAAAGUUCAAAGUUCUUGGCAUAGGGCUGUCACACAAGUUGAUUUAGAGAGAUUUUCUUUGGCUUUGUUCUUUAAUCCACCGUUAUCGAUGGAAAUCGAGCCUAUUAAGAGUGAUGAUUCGAGUGAUUACGAGUAUAAGAAGGUGGUUGUGGGUGAUUACUUACAACAUCUUUAUAAGGUAAGUCCAACAUUGUCUAAAGUAGCUAUCAAAUAUGCAAUGGUCUAAUGAGAUCGAUGUAAUAUGUAAGUAAUAGAUUAUGUAAAUAAUCUUAAUCAUACAACGAAGUUUGAUAGGUAAACUUGUGUUUAAAAUACGAUCGAUUAUAAAAAUUGCACCAAUUAUUUUGUUA